AUGUGUGUUCCCGAUAAGCCCUAUCACCAACAUCGCCGGAAACAUGGAAAGGCCAUUAAAUCGACCACCUUCUCAGUUGAAAGCCGGAGCUGCUGCAGAACGGACAAGAAAAUGACAGAUCACAAAUGGAUGCACUUUAGCCAUGGCAGCGUGCCGUCAAACGCCGUGGUGGCUGGCCAUGAUUCGGAUGGGGACACCAUCUACGUGGGACGAGCCUUCUUCCACAACGACAUGCUCCCUGCGAAGGUGAUUCCCAAUAAGGGCAAGGCCUACGUGGCCUACGCCCGGGAGGAGCACGAGCUGGAGAACUACGAGGUCCUCUCCGGCUAUAAUUACGAGUGGCUGCCGGCGGAGAAUGGUGAGGUGCCGCCCAGCGCCGUGAAGGUGGGACGCAAUGUGGAUGGGGAGUACUUGUAUGCGGGCAGGGGCUACCAUGCCGGCAGCUUGACCAUGGGCAAGGUGCAUCCCUCCCACGGCUGCCUGUACAUUCCCUACGAUACCGAUGAGGUUAAGAUCUUCGGCUACGAGGUGCUCAGCCAGCCGGAGCGCUGGGUUGACACCACAGCUACGGAUAUUCCGGAUGGCGCCCUGGUUGCGGGUAACGAUUCGAAUGGGGAUACCAUCUAUGUGGGCAGGGUCUUCCGGAAUGGAGAUCUACUGCCCGCCAAGGUGGUACCCGCGAAGGGCAAGGCCUAUGUCGCCUACGCCCAGGCAGAGCACGAGCUCACCGAUGUCCAAGUGCUGACCGGAUCCGGCUUUCGAUGGGUACCCGCCUCGCAUGGCAACGUGGCUCCCGGAGCCCUCUCCUCCGGUCCGAAUGUGGACGGGGAACCCCUGUACGUCGGCCGGGCCAUCUACUGCGACAGCCUGAGUGUGGGCAAGAUCCAUCCCUCGCACGGCUGCAUCUACAUCCCGUUCGGCGGCGAGGAGGUGCGUCUGGAGAACUACGAGGUUCUGGUGAGGAUCUAAGCGGGUUCCUAAGCCUUCCUUCCUUUUUUUUUUGAAUUCUUUUUUUGUACCCCAGAAGAAAUCUUUAUAAAAAAUCGCAACAAAGAAAACAAAUAACAAAAUUGACAAAACAAAAAUAUUGUGCAUUUUUCUUGAAGAAAACCUAUCUACCUCCAUUAUAAA